CGCCAUCGCGGCGCCAAACAUUGCGAGCGGCGUGCGCAGGCACCAUGUUUCGCGCGUCCUUUUUGCUUUUGUAGCGUAGUUUGCGUGUUCGUGAUGCCGCGUUGCUGUGCCUUCGAGUGCAGCACAACUGAAAGGGACGGCAAGCGACUAUUCCGUAUUCCAUCUGCCAAGCGAGACGCGACAUGGAGGAAGGCCUGGCUUCAAAGAAUCAGCCGGGCCGAUUUCAACCCAACGCAAUGGUUCCGGCUCUGUGAGGAAGAAGAAGAAGCAUCAGCCAUGGCGUUCGCCCGACUGGCCUCGUCGCUGUUUCUCGUUUUCCUGGCGACGUUGGGGAGCGGCGUCGGCGCCGAAGACGAUGGGCCGUCCGUUCUAAGGAGCAUGCUGGCUGCGUUCAUGAAGCAAGGUGCCCAGGCCUGCGGCACUGUGCUUCCGGCCAUUAUCGCCCAAACUGACCGGGACGGGCUGGUCAAGAAGCACAACGAACUCCGGUCGAAGGUGGCCAAGGGCGCGGGAACUUUACCGAAGGCAGCCAACAUGAGGAAACUGAAGUGGGACGAUGCACUGGCAAAGAGGGCCCAGGAGAGCGCGGAUAAGUGCGACCCUACGAAACAAGAAACCGGAGACACGCUGAACACAGGGUCGUUAACCGGGGUGCAUCAGAAUGUGGGCUCCGGCGACCUCGCUGAAGAUAACGCGGACAUCAUGCAAUUUGCCGAAGGCAUUCUAGACAAGUGGUUCGAAGCGCAUACGACAAUCAAAGCGACUGCUGUGGACAAUUACGUGGCUCAAACAGACCGCCAAAUGGAGAGCUUUGCACAGCUUGCCUGGGCUGAGACCGAAUUGGUUGGCUGUGGAUUCAAGCAUUACAAGGUGACAACAGUAUCGAAGGCGAUCUUAGUGUGCAAUUACCACCCUGGGUUGAAGCCGGGGGCGGCGAUCUACAAGAAAGGCAACCCUUGUAGCGACUGCGGCGGUGGUUUAGCAUGCGACGACAUGGAAUUAUGCGCAAAGCCAAGCGGUGACAGCUCGGCCACGAGCCAACCGAAAGCGGAAGAAGGUGGCUUCUCCUUCCUGGCCAUCGUCGGCAUCCUCGGCGCUCUGGCGGCUGUCGGGGCCAUCGUCGCUGGCGUCAUCGUCAUGCGCAAGUCGCACGCGGCGGCUGCCUCCGCUGCGGCCGCCCUCCCCGGCGGUGCCGAGGAGGGAAUGGGCGGCUCCCGCGAGGCCGCAGGCGGGGACGCCGUCGGGGACGCCGCCGGUCCCGACGAGCUCAAGGCUGAGGCAGGCGCCGAGGGCGAGAAGGCGGCCGAGGCUCCCGACGCUCCUGCAGCGAGCCAGGAUGCGCUCACCAAACAUUGAAGGGCCGCCUCGAGUCCGGCGACGACCUCUUCGGGGCGCCUCGCAUGUCCCGGGACACGCAAGCGAAGAGAUGCGCACUGGAUCCGCCGCCUCUUUCGUAGAUGUCUGGACGACGGACAGCUGUUACAAAAGUUCAAAAAGAAAAAGGGGGCAUCAGCAAGAAAAAUCCUCUUGUGAUGUCACUCGCCACUAUCCAGGCGUAUUCGUCAAGUACCUUCCUUAGGCUUCUUUCCUUGAAGUCAAGCGAGAAAUGUCGAAUUGAUAAGGUAAUUUUAUUGCAAUUUAUUUCCAAACCGAUUCGCGCUUACAUUGCCCUUUAGUUGGGAAAGCAUAUAUGCCGAAGCUGAAUGUAAGUAUAUAACGUUGUCAAAGGGCGAGUCAAUUGCAUAGGCGCGAUUAACGUGGAUUCAUUUCAAUUUCUCUAGUCUCUGGCUCAAAGUGUAUGAUAUUCGAAAUGAGCCAGUUGAAAGGGUGGUCGAUAAAAUUGGAAUUAAGCGGAGGGUAUUGCAACGGUCCAUUGGUGUCCACGCAUAUAGCGCAGCUCGACAUAGCGCAUAUGCGAGGUCUUGACGCGACGACAAUUUGCCCCGACGAUUAGAGGGGCGGCAUUGUGUCAACUAUAAACAGACGGCGAGUGAUGGAGCUUUGGUGUCCGGUUUUACUCUCAUCAUGGGGUUAUAAUGUACGGGUGCACAACUCACUAUCCCUAGAGAAUGUAUAUUUUUCGUGAUAGAUUCAGGCGAUCAAGUGCAAUAGACACGCAACAGACUUUUGCCAUAAGUGGGGCUGCCAACUCUCGUUCCGGAUUUU